AUCAAGACGGACGACGCAAAAAAAUGGAAUUUCACGCGCUACGUUCUUGUUUUGCAUCUGAUUUUUUGCUAUUCUGAGUUUUAUUUUUUGUUUGUUUGAUUUUGGGUUUGCAGACCAACCCGAUCCAUCGCUUAAGAACUUUAAAACGGCAAAAAGGAGGAUAGAGUCCGAGGUACAAGCCGGUUAUCGAGUGGCUGAUAAGCGUUUGUGCUGGCCUGCUGCUAGGCACACAAUCGAUGCGCUUUUGGAGAAUAGCCAAUGAAGAGCACAGGUCUCCCGUGGCAGGUGGUAUGGAAACAUCGGCAGUUCAGACUGAACUGGAAAAGCCAUACAUAAUGGGAUCUGAGCAGAUAAACGCGGCAUUGCAAAAUAUUCUUAGUAGCGACGAUAAAAGCUUGGAAAACCAAACGCUAUUGAUUGGCGCCGUAAACAAGGCAGGCUAUGCGCUGGGCUCGGAGUCAUUGAAUCGCAUGCUGGAGGAUAUUUUGGGGCAGCCCUGCAGCGACAACGUGAAGUUACCUCAUAUCGAGCCAGCCAUUCAGCUUUAACGCUCAAACAACAUAUUUCGCUUGUAAAUAAAUUUAUUUUCCUUAA